AUGGCAACUGCCGCAGCUGCUGUGACUGUGGGCUCUACUGCCAGGCACAUGCUGCACCAUGCCAUCACUGGGGGCUUCAGUGGGAGGAGUCACGCAGAGCCCUCACCGCCUGCCCUUAUUUACCAGGAGCCUCAGGGAGCACAGCCUGCAGAGCAGCAUCAGCAUAAGUUUGGCCCUCGCUUCCAUGAGAUAAGACAUUUUUGGAGCGUGCACAGAGCUGGGGUGAAAUUAAGCUCUGCAGCAUUGGUCAAAUUGCCAGGUUGCCAAGCUGUGUAUCAGGUCUGCUACUCCCUGCUGAGAAGGGGCCGCAGAAUUGUGGAGCAGCGGAGUAGCAGUAGAGGUGGGUUGGAGGCAGGAGGAGACCUGCAGAGCCUGCCACGCUUGUCUGGGCCUGAGGCAGAGCUGGCCAGCACUGAGCCUCUGGACUUUGAGACCAAGAAAUCCUAUACUCUGAAGGUAGAGGCAGCCAAUGUCCAUAUUGACCCGCGUUUCAGCAGCAGGGGGCCCUUUAAAGAUACAGCAACGGUUAAAAUUGUCGUGGAGGAUGCAGAUGAGCCUCCUGUCUUCUCUUCACCGACUUACCUCCUGGAAGUUCAUGAAAAUGCUGCUCUGAACUCCGUGAUUGGGCAAGUGACUGCUCGUGACCCUGAUAUCACAUCCAGUCCUAUAAGGUUUUCCAUCGACCGUCACACUGACCUGGAGAGGCAGUUCAACAUUAAUGCAGAUGAUGGGAAAAUCACUCUGGCAACACCACUUGACAGAGAAUUAAGUGUGUGGCAUAACAUAACCAUCAUUGCAACUGAAAUUAGGAACCACAGUCAGAUAUCACGAGUACCUGUUGCUAUUAAAGUGCUGGAUGUCAAUGACAACGCCCCUGAAUUCGCAUCCGAAUAUGAGGCAUUUUUAUGUGAAAAUGGAAAACCCGGCCAAGUCAUUCAAACAGUGAGCGCCAUGGACAAAGAUGAUCCUAAAAAUGGACAUUAUUUCUUAUACAGUCUCCUGCCAGAAAUGGUCAACAAUCCAAAUUUUACCAUCAAGAAAAAUGAAGAUAAUUCCCUCAGCAUUUUGGCAAAGCAUAAUGGAUUCAACCGCCAGAAACAAGAAGUCUAUCUUUUACCAAUCAUAAUCAGUGACAGUGGGAAUCCUCCACUGAGCAGUACCAGCACCCUAACGAUCCGGGUCUGUGGCUGCAGCAAUGAUGGCGUUGUCCAGUCUUGUAAUGUUGAAGCUUAUGUCCUUCCGAUUGGACUCAGUAUGGGCGCCUUAAUUGCCAUAUUAGCAUGCAUCAUUUUGCUGCUAGUCAUUGUGGUGCUGUUCGUAACUCUGAGGCGACAUAAAAACGAGCCGUUAAUUAUCAAAGACGAUGAAGACGUUCGAGAAAACAUCAUCCGCUAUGACGACGAAGGAGGCGGGGAGGAGGACACAGAGGCUUUUGACAUUGCAACUUUACAAAACCCAGAUGGAAUUAAUGGAUUUUUACCCCGUAAGGAUAUUAAACCAGAUUUGCAGUUCAUGCCAAGGCAAGGGCUUGCUCCAGUUCCAAAUGGUGUUGAUGUCGAUGAAUUUAUAAAUGUAAGGCUGCAUGAGGCAGAUAAUGACCCUACGGCCCCACCAUAUGACUCCAUUCAGAUUUAUGGCUAUGAAGGCCGAGGGUCUGUGGCUGGCUCCCUCAGCUCCUUGGAGUCUACCACAUCAGACUCAGACCAGAAUUUUGACUACCUCAGUGACUGGGGUCCCCGCUUUAAGAGACUGGGAGAACUCUACUCUGUUGGUGAAAGUGACAAAGAAACUUGACAGUGGAUUAUAAAAAAAAAAAAAAAAAAAAAAAAAAAAUUCAGUGGAAC